AUGACUUCGGAACCGCUGCUUUACAAGGACAAAGGUCCAAAGUACUACGUAAACCUUCAAAUUGCUGGGAUCUUUUUUGCAAUAAUUAUCUUUCAAACCUUUGACAAGGACUUAGCUUUGUCCGUAGAUUGGAAGUACUAUGUAAAAAAGUUAGUCUAUAUUUCGUUGCUCAUACCAGCUGGUGGAUUAGCUACCAAUUGGAGCGCCAAGAAACUUUUAUGUCUCAGCAUUGCCGGUAUCGGUAUUGUGCACUUGCUCACAGCGAUUCAAAUCGGCACCAUACAUCACAUUAACGAUUACAAGUUGCAAGUUAUUAGUGACCUGUUACUGAAUAUACUUAUUGGUGCAAUCCAAGCGCCGGUUCUGCCUUGCGUUUACGCACUUUUGGCGCGUCUCAGAUUGCCUGAACGUAGGGCGACCGAUUACUCUAUUGUUUUUUCCGCUAAGUCUUUUAUCCUAGCCUUAUACCUUAUCCUUUCGAGAUGGUCAAGCUACGAUCACAAUUCAGUUUACGCCCGAGUGAUUUUGGGAUUAAUGGCUGUGUUUUGGAGUAUCGUAUUCCAUUAUCUGGGAUCGAACUGUGACCUGGAAUUCGUGGACCAAGCUCCUUCGUUCAAGCCACAAAUACCAUGGAGGUCGAUUCUGUCGUCGCUGCCCGUCUGGACGUUGAUACUGUCUCACGCGGCUAGCUAUGCUGCUGAAUUGAUCACAUAUCGGUAUAUGAUAGAGUUCAGAACGCUGAAUGCUGGAAUAAUGCUGACAGUUUUGUUGAUCUGGGUGCUGGCUGGCAUCGGAUCGGGAUGGUUAUCAGACUCAUUCGUGGCAAGACACCGUUUAACAAGACUCAAAGCGCGUAAGAUCUUCAAUUCCUUAUCUACGUUUGUACCAGGGGCCGCAUUUGUAUUUGUGUAUGCGAUCGAGUGUAUCGCUCGAGGUGGAGAUUUUUUUAACAGUUUCAUCUGGGUAUUAAUGAAGUUCAUUAUAAUACUACUGAUCAACUUUCGAGGCAGUGGUUUUAUGAUCAACCACAUGGACUUGAGUCCGUACUAUGUGGGCAUUCUCAUCGCUAUUACACAAAUGGCCAAUCAAAUAGCACAAGCCGUAAUGACUCUGUUCGCAAUCUUAAUUCCCAUUGAGGGAAUCAAAACGAGUAUUCAGGACAAGUGGAGCCCGGUUCCAGCGUCGUAUCAAGAGGAACAUAAAUUGGAUAAAGUAAGGGAUCUAUUGUAA